CUCUAUAAAUUGGAGUCCCUUUCUUGAGUUUCUUCCAUAUCCCAUUUUCUUACUUUCUUAAUUUUUAUAUUAUUAAUAUCCUUUUUCUUUCUUUGUUUAAAUUAAGAUCUUGUGUGUGUCUUUUUGGGCAUUAUGGGUGAGGCUGUUGAGAUUAUCUACACAAAUGGUUUCUCUAAACUUUGCACCCAACCCACUCCAAAUCAUGAUCAUUCUUCCUCCUGGUAUGAAGAAACCAUUGAUGAUGAUCUCAAAUGGUCUUUUGCUUUGAACAGUGUUCUACACAAGGGAACAAGUGAGUUUCAAGACAUUGCUCUCCUGGACACAAAGCGCUUUGGCAAGGUGUUGGUGAUUGAUGGGAAGAUGCAGAGUGCCGAAGUGGAUGAAUUCAUAUAUCAUGAAUGCUUAAUCCAUCCAGCUUUCCUGUGCCACCCUCUCCCUCGAAAUGCGUUCAUAAUGGGAGGUGGGGAAGGUUCAGCUGCAAGGGAAGCCCUCAAGCACAAGUCCAUAGAGAAAGUGGUCAUGUGUGAUAUUGAUCAGGAAGUGGUGAAUUUCUGCCGCGCAUAUCUGACUGUAAAUCAAGAUGCAUUUUGCAACAAGAAGCUUAAUUUAGUCAUUAAUGAUGCCAAGGCUGAGUUGGAGAAGAGGACUGACAAAUUUGAUAUCAUAAUUGGAGACUUGGCUGACCCAGUUGAAGGAGGGCCUUGCUACCAGCUCUACACUAAAUCUUUCUAUGAGCAAAUUCUCAAGCCUAAGCUCAAUGAUAAUGGCAUCUUUGUUACUCAGGCUGGACCUGCAGGCAUUUUCACCCACAAGGAGGUCUUCUCCUCUAUUUACAACACAAUUAAACAGGUCUUCAAAUAUGUGGUAGCUUACAGUGCUCAUGUGCCAUCUUUUGCUGAUACAUGGGGAUGGGUCAUGGCCUCAGAUCAACCCUUCUCUACAGAUGCUGAGGAGAUAGACAGGAGGAUUGAAGAAAGAAUUGAGGGUGAAUUACUUUAUUUGAAUGGUGCUGCAUUUCUCUCCUCUGCCACCUUGAACAAGACUGUUUCUCUGUCGCUGUUGACUGAAACUCAUGUCUACACCGAGGAUGAUGCAAGAUUUAUUCCUGGGCAUGGACUGGCUUACAGAAAUUGAGGCUUCAACUCCAAGCCUGUGGGACUGGAGAGGGGGGGAGGUGGGAAUUGCUGUAUAGAGAAAAAAUAUAUUUACGUGUUUCAAAUGUCUCCAAAGAAAUCAAACAAUUGUUGAAAGUGCUUGCCUUUUGAGAUUACAUAUUAUUGUAGCUUCAUUGGGAUGUUUAUAGGACUCGAUAUCUCAAAACCAUGUGAAAACUUUUGUCUAAAUUUUAAUCAUUUAUGAGGCAUUCCUCCAUUCAGAUAAA